AACCGCCCCUCUCGUCUCCCUCCUCCCCGUCCCUGAUUCGCGAGACCAGAGGGGCACGAGCGCCACCGCCCUGAUCCCGCCCGCUCCUACCCAGAUCUCACCGCCAUUGCUGCCGCCCUGCCCAGAUUCGCGCCCUCCUCGCCCAGAUCCGAACGUGGUUCUGAUUUCCCUAGCCGACACAGGAGCGGUAGGUGCUCCGGGCGGCGUGAUUCCAGCGGUUUGAUUGGAAAGUUUUGAUCUUUGGGGGGCGUUCGUUGGUUUGCUUGUCGGUGGUGGUGCGUUUGGAGAGCGGCGGAGAUGGGCGUCGGCGGGGAGAAGUUCCAGCUGGGGACGGUGGGGGCGCUGAGCCUCUCGGUGGUGUCCUCCGUCUCCAUUGUCAUCUGCAACAAAGCGCUCAUGAGCUCCCUAGGCUUCAACUUCGCCACUACCUUGACGAGCUGGCAUCUGCUGGUUACAUUCUGCUCCCUACAUGUAGCAUUAUGGAUGAAAUUCUUCGAGCAUAAGCCUUUCGAUUCAAGAACUGUCAUGGGUUUUGGAGUGCUUAACGGAAUCUCCAUUGGGCUCCUCAACUUGAGUCUUGGCUUCAACUCUGUUGGGUUCUACCAGAUGACUAAGCUGGCGAUCAUUCCGUGCACUGUCAUUUUAGAGACACUUUUCUUCAGGAAGAAGUUCAGCCGGAGUAUCCAGAUGUCCCUUUCUGUGCUCCUUCUUGGUGUUGGUGUUGCAACGGUCACCGAUCUGCAACUAAAUGCUGUGGGAUCCACACUGUCCCUGCUGGCAAUUAUCACGACUUGCAUUGCUCAAAUUAUGACAAACACUAUUCAGAAGAAGUUCAAGGUUUCAUCAACCCAACUGCUCUACCAGUCUUGCCCUUACCAAUCACUGACCCUGUUUCUCAUUGGCCCCUUCCUUGAUGGCUUUUUGACUAACCAAAAUGUCUUUGCUUUUAAUUACACAUCUCAAGUUGUGUUUUUCAUUGUGUUGUCAUGCUUGAUAUCUGUCUCAGUGAACUUCAGCACUUUUCUCGUGAUCGGAAAGACAUCUCCUGUUACUUACCAAGUCCUGGGCCAUCUGAAAACAUGCCUUGUUCUUACCUUUGGUUAUGUUUUGCUUCACGAUCCAUUUAGCUGGAGAAACAUACUUGGAAUCCUAAUUGCAGUAGUUGGAAUGGUUUUAUAUUCAUACUUCUGCACAGUGGAGACACAGCAAAAAAACACUGAAGUCUCCCCACAACAGGUGAAAGAAAGCGAGGCAGCCCCUUUGAUCUCAGACUCUUUGAGCAAAGUUGAAAACGGGGGUGGUGUUGCUGAUGACGAGCCUCUUAAGGUACCCAUGUGGAGCUCAAAGUAUUCGCGGGAGUGAAAAUUUCAUCCUCUUGACGAUGGCAUCAUACAGGAUUCAAUUUAGUAGGCAGAUAGUAGGGUUGGAAGCCAACCCAGAGUGUAAUGAAUGUUUCAGUUACAUUUUUGGGCUUCUUUAGCGUCGCUUAUUACUAGCGGUGAAUGGAUCUGUUUCUCUGGAGGACCUUUACCUUCGGAGCCGCAGGUCUACCUUGAAACUAGACAGCAGAUAUUGUAUGAUUGUAUCUGGAUAUGCUCCAAAUCUUCUUACUGUAACUUCCCUGGACAUGCCUAUAUCCAAAGAUAGACUCCAUUCUUUUUGUACCAAAGAUCCAGAUAACCAGAGUUGUGCAUAGGUUCUAGUUUGUGCUGUUAGUUAAUAUUCACCUUGGACCCUGUUAUGCAAGUGUUGUAUAUUUAAAGUCAUUUAAGAAAACAUCCAUUUUCCUUUA